UGUGAAAUUUUAGUCAUUCGUGAUUUUGGCUUUGAAGUACAAUUCGUUUGAUCAUUUUUAGAUUGUCGUCUCGUUUGAAUUUUAUACGCAAGUUUUGUGCAGCCUUUUGCAUUUGAUUCUUGUUCUUUAAAUCGCCUGUUUUUUUGUUUGUGUUUGUUUUGACGAUUUAGUUCAUUCUUUUUCUUGCUGGAAAAUCCUGCGAAUCUUCAAGCUCUUUGGAUUCUGAAAUUUAUCUAAGAGGAAUUGCUUAGAAUGAGAUUGGGGAAGGGGGAAAAGGUGGAGGUCAUGAAUAGAAAGGAUUCUCCUGUUUCAUGGCACGUUGCAAAUAUCCUUUCUUGUAAUGGACACAAUUAUCAUGUGCAGUACGAUUCUUGUCCAGUUAUGCCAAAUCAACAAAUGGUUGAGACAGUUCCAAGGAAAUUUGUGAGGCCAUGCCCACCCACAGUGCAAGGUCUUGAAAAUUGUGGUGUUGGAGAUAUUGUGGAGGUGUUUCAUGAAUAUGCGUGGAAGAAUGCUGUAAUACUGAAGACUCUCGAAGGGAAAAAACAAGUUAAAAGCAAGAAGAUUCCUCUCCAAGUUGUUUCUGCAUUACGGAAGCAAUUUUAUGUGAGGCUACUUGGGAACUCUCAGGAAUUCAUCGCCGAUGGAUCAAACAUCAGGAUGAGACAUGCCUGGCAAGAUGGGAAUUGGAUUCUGAUUGGGAAGAAUUCCCGAGUAACAGAGGAGAUUGUAGCUAGCAAGCCGUCUACUUCAAAUUGUUAUCAGAAGACAAACUUCCAAACCCAACAAUUCAACAGAAGGCCUAGAAACGUUCCCCAAACCAAUUGUACAAACUCUAAGGAUGAAUCUGCAUUUGGGAAGUCUCAUAUUAUCUCAUCAAGAUCCCAGAAGAGGAUGUCUCCCUAUUGUUCCUCGGUUGUUGAAAUGCAUCAUUGCCGUGCCCAAAAAUUAAGAGUUCUUGAGAAAGAUGGCGAGAAGCAGAGAAGGGUUGCUGGCCCUAUUCUUGAAAAGGUAGAUGCUGUUGCAUACCCAAAAGAAUAUUUGGGUGAAAAAAACAUGCAUGCUUCCUUUAAAAUUGCAUCAUUUAACCAAGAACAGAGGGCAAAACUAACUGAUAAUGUUGGGGCCAAAAACUCAGGAAAUAGUUCAGACAGUGAUGCAUGUUCUGUUGGUAGUUGUAGUAUCACUGAUCAAAACCCAAACAACUUUCAAAUUCCCUUUGCACUACAGCCCUUCCGAGAGACUGACGCCCUUUGUAGUGAUGCUGAGUCCUGUUAUGGUUCAGGCUCUGAGAGAAGUAGUUCUCUUCCUCCGAAAGAGGAAGUAGAAAUCAGUAUCCGUAGGUUAGAGUUGCAUGCUUACCGCAGAACUCUAGAAGCUUUGUAUGCUUCUGGUUCCUUGAGUUGGGAACAGGAAGCAUUGUUGACAAAUCUUCGUAUCAUGCUCCAUAUUACAAAUGACGAACAUUUGAUGGAGCUGAAGAACCUAAUCUCAGCUAAAACUGCUGAAAAUGUUAGAUAAUGGUAAAAAUAAGUGUGUCCUCAUCACUUUGUUUUGUAGACUCUUUUAGACGUGCAUGUUUGGUUUUGACAAUGUAAGAAUAAACUUUAUUGCGACUGUAAUUUCAGUUGUGGUUAUUAUAUCUUCUUGUGUUGAGACUGUUGCCAUUCUGUAUCUAAAAGGAUGUGUAUCAAAUUCUCAUAUACCAAUUAAUGUAGACAAAUUCUUCUCUAGACAUUGUUCAUUUUGCAUUGCUUUUACUGAUUCUGGUACUUGAAUAAUGAUCGAUUUUAUUCU